AUGGCUGGUGGCUUCGUUGCUGCUGGCGGCGGAGAUAACAAUUCAAAAAAUUACCCAGGAAACCUCACUGCUUACGUCGUAAUUACCUGCAUAGUCGCCGCCAUGGGUGGAUUGACUUUCGGGUAUGACAUCGGUAUAUCUGGUGGCGUCACGUCCAUGCCUCAGUUUCUGCAAAAAUUUUUCCCAUCCGUUUACAGGAAGGAGGAGUUGGAUACUUCCACCAAUCAGUACUGCAAGUUCGACGAUACCAACCUCACCCUCUUCACUUCUUCUCUCUAUCUGGCUGCACUCGUCACUUCCUUUUUUGCUUCAUGGAUCACCAGGAAGUGCGGAAGAAAAACUUCCAUGCUGCUCGGCGGUUUAGUUUUUCUCGCCGGAGCUGCCAUUAACGCGGGUUCCAGAAACCUGGCCAUGCUCAUCAUCGGCCGUCUUCUCUUGGGCUGCGGCGUUGGUUUCUCCAUUCAAUCCGUCCCAGUCUAUGUUUCCGAGAUGGCUCCCUGCAAGCACCGAGGUCGUCUCAACAUUGUCUUCCAGUUGUCAAUCACCAUCGGCAUUCUCGCUGCCAACAUCAUCAACUACUUCACUGCGAAAAUCGCCGGCGACUUGGGAUGGCGUCUGAGCUUGGGUUGCGCAGCAGUCCCCGCACUCUUCGUCUUCCUCUCUGCUCUGUUUCUCCCCAAUACCCCCAACUCCAUGCUCGAGAAGGGCCAAGCGGAGCAGGCUCGCGGCAUGCUCAGACGCAUUCGCGGCGUUAGCGACGAGGAAGUUGAGGCAGAGUUCAGAGACUUGGUGUCCGCGAGCGAGGCUGCAAAGGCCGUGGAACAUCCAUGGAGGAAAUUGAGGGAGAGGCGUCAUCGUCCUCAGUUGAUCAUGGCUAUCUUUAUUCCUCUGUUUCAACAGAUAACUGGUAUCAACGUCGUCAUGUUCUACGCUCCCGUGCUUUUCAAAACUUUAGGAUUUGGAGGCAGUGCUUCUCUUCUCUCCUCUGUCAUUACUGGAUUGGUUAAUGUGUUUGCAACCAGUAUAUCUAUCUACGGAACUGAUAAGUGGGGAAGGAGAUUUCUGUUCCUUCAAGGUGGAGUGCAGAUGUUUGUAUGCCAGGUUCUGGUAGCAGCACUGAUAUGGUGGAAAUUUGGAGUGAGCGGAGGGACGACUCAACUAGCUACGUGGUAUGCAGUGCUGGUAGUGGUGUUCAUAUGUAUGUUCGUGGCGGCAUUUGCGUGGUCGUGGGGGCCUCUAGGAUGGUUGGUGCCGAGUGAGAUGUCACCUCUAGGAAUCCGAUCGGCGACGCAGAGCAUAACAGUGUCGGUGAACAUGUUGUUUACUUUCCUGAUCGCUCAACUCUUCCUCAGCUUGCUCUGCAGAAUGAAAUUCGGCCUCUUCUUCAUGUUCGCUUUCUUCGUUGCCAUCAUGACCACCUUCAUCUUCUUCUUGCUGCCGGAGACCAAGGGCGUCCCCAUUGAAAAUAUGUCCACCGUCUGGGGCAAACAUUGGUUCUGGAAGAAAUUCGUGCCUGGAGAUGAACCACAACAUGACGGCAAAACUCCACGGUCUCUGGAGUUAGUCUAG